UAGUUUAGGCAGUCUUGAUACGCCCCAGUUCGGUUCGUCCCUACCAACUCUCGAUUCCAAAGCUCUCACGCCUUCGUCCUCCACCCACCAAGAAAAUGGCGUCCAUGGCGACCGCCAACUUCCACCGAGUCCCACCUCCUCGUCCGCCGGUUCCGUCCACAUCCCACAACCCCCCGCCUCGUCUUCCGUUCCCUCCACGACCCAGAUUCUCGUAUCGCAGCCAAUCGCCGUUGAAGACGUCCUCCGGAAUUUCGAGCUCGAGCGCACCGGCUGGGUCCUCUCCUUCUUCCUCUGCUGCUUCUCCUCCUCCGGGGCUCUACUCUGCCCAGAAGUUCGACCUCACGGCCCCGAACGUCGACCUGGUCCUCGAGGACGUCAGGCCUUACUUGAUGGCCGAUGGCGGGAACGUCGACGUCGUCUCCGUUGAAGAUGGCGUCGUCUCUCUCAGGCUCCAAGGGGCAUGUGAGAGCUGUCCCAGUUCAACAACCACCAUGCAGCUGGGAAUUGAAAGGGUACUUAAGGAAAAAUUCGGUGAUGCAGUCAAAGAGAUCCGUCAGGUAUAUGAUGAUGAAGUGAGGGAGACUACUGCUGAGGCAGUGAAUCGCCAUCUCGACAUAUUGAGACCAGCUAUUGCAAAUUAUGGUGGAAGCGUCGAGGUGUUGUCUGUGGAGGCGAAAGACUGCCUUGUAAAGUACGUGGGACCUGAGUCCAUUGGGUCUGGGAUCAAAGCAGCAAUCAAGGAGAAGUUCCCUGAUAUUACUAAUGUUGUGUUCACUGGCUAGCUUGCCACAAAUAAUUUGCUAGAUCACACGAUAUAGAUGGAUUCCUGCUCAGGAUAUCAAUAAGAUAAUGGACCUACAGUCGGUGAUGCUCAAAAAGAAUUGAUCUGGUGCAUUGCAGCAUUUCGGGAAGACAUCAGAGCUUCCUGUGAGUAUGGGGAGAGCUAAAUUAAUGUUCCUAUCAAUAGGGAGAAGACGAGGUCUUCUGUACAUUUUCAGUAACUAAGAGUUUGUUACAUUUGAUCUGCCUAAAAGUUACACUUUGGAUCAUUCUGAUACAUUCGAUUGGUUGUUGUACUUUAGGGCUUUGUGUAGUCCGUGAAAUAAUCGCAGGUUAUCUUUGGGCCAAAACAAACAAAAGGAUAAGAAAGAUUACAGCUCAUCCGUGCUUCUCUUCA